AUGGCUGUCUCUCAUCCGACCAAUCAAAUCUGGCCUUCCGCUAAUUACCUUUUCCCAUUACCCACCGGAUUGCUGUCUUCGCCAGACAUGAGACAGGGCGAGGCCUCGUGCCCAACCGGCCGCAUGUCAACACAUGGCGCCCGGAGCCUUGGCAACAUGCACGGCCUUCUAAUCGAGGGCCUUCGCUACUACAUCGUCAACACUUGGUCCGAAAAGACUUGGGAUGAGGUGAGGCUACUGGCCAAUCAACCGAUUAGUCGGUUCGAUUCUCACGAGGUUUACGGCGAGACUGUGAUUCCUGACCUCUUGAACGCAUGCGUACAACUCGUCAAAAUGGAUCCCGAUGAGUUGGCCGCU